GUAGUAACAAAGCUUGCUCGGGCGGCAAGAAACUUGCCUUUCGAUGGGCGGGCCCAAUCAUACAGAACGGUCCAUUUGAAUUUUGAAAUGCAGUUGCAAGAAACUUUCCUUUCGAUGGGCUGGCCCAAUCAUACAAAAUGGUCCAUUUGAAUUUUGAAAUGCGGAAAUUUCAUGGUGCUCACGGAAUUUUCUCAGAGAAAUUACAGUAUAUAUUACCAGAAAAGAAAACCUGCGUUUUAGGCCGGCUUGGUUGGCAUCGCUGCAAUGACAGACUUUCAAUGGGCCGGCCCAAUUAUCAAAAGAAGGAUUUCCAAACGUCGUAUCAGACUUUCAAUGGGCCGGCUCAAUUAUCAAAGGAAGGAUUCCAAAUUGACACUAAACCAAACCAAACCAAUCCAACUCCUCCUCACCUUCCCCUCCGGAUCGAUCUACCAUCCGGUACACCGCCAUGUCUUCGUCGAGGUCUCAGAAUCGGCCAGUGCGCAGCAGCAAGCGCCGGCGGCGGACGCCCGCUGACGCCUCUGCCGCCACCCGCGAUGAUCCAUCACCGUGGGAGUCUCUGCACGAGGAUCUACUGGAGCUGAUCGCGUGGCGGGUGCUGGCCGGCGACGGCGACCUGCUGGACUACGUCCGCUUCCGCGCCGUCUGCCCCCACUGGCGGUCCAGCACGUCCUGCCCGCGCGGCCGCGGCAUCGUAGACCGGCGAUUCCACCCGCGGCGGUGGAUGCUGCUCCCCGAGGGCCACGGCCUCUACCCGGGCCACGGCAAGCUGCGCGGUUUCGUCCGCUUCUUCAACCUCUCCACCGGCGCCUUCGUCCGCGUCCACCUCCCGCUCUUCAGGGACCACUGCGUCCUCGACUCCGUCGACGGCAUCCUCCUCCUCCAGCGCGACCACGACACCGCCAUCCGCCUCCUCCACCCCUUCACCGGCGACAUCCUGGACUUGCCGCCAUUGGAGACCCUCCUCAGGUACGUGAGCUCCAAGCUGGUGGGAGACAAGUGGAACUAUCUCAGACGCAUCGGUGCUGCAUCCAUCAACGUGAGCGCCGAUCAAGUCGUGUCGCUCAUGAUGUGGUCACCCGGUAUGGUCCAGGUAGCAUUUGCGACCUCCGGGGAACAGCAAUGGAGGGCUUCUAGCUGGUACUUCAACCAAAUUUUCAGUCCAUUGGCAUUCCAAGGCAAGCUAUACAUGGUGCGGCAUGAACUAACUUAUGGUGAACCAGAGAUUCUACAGCUCGAUCCACCUGAGCUGGAAGGGAUGGAACCCUGGCUGCCACCACCAACGUUGAUUGCCAAAUGUCCAGCAAACACAGUAAACACAUCCGACAGCCGGUUCUACCAUCUGGUAGAAUGCGACUCGGAGGUUCUGGUGAUCGCCUUAAGCGCUGGCAUUCAUAGGAAAAUCUCAGUUUACAGACUAGCUGACUUUAUGCUGGGAAGAAGGACUCUCCGGGUGACAUGCAUCGGUGGCAAUGCUCUCUUCAUUGGCCAGAGGAAUCUGUGUGUCAGCUCCAAGGCGUUCCCUACCGUUGUGGGUGACACCAUUGUCUUUCACCAUUACCAGCAAGGUUAUCUUGCUCAAUACCACCUCCGCAGCGGCACAUUGGAGCCAGCAUCAGAUGGAACGAUUGCAGAAUAUGCUAUACCAAGCCCUACUUGCAUCAUUUACCAUAUCUACACAUGUUGCUUUCGUGAACAAUGGAACAAGGGACAUAUAAGGUUUCAGGGGUUAUUAACGAUUAACUGGCGGGUGAAGCGAAAAUGGAGAUCUGGGGCGUAAACGGGUCAUGUACCAUGGUGGAGUACGUAGGUGGUGCCUGGUUUUCCUUCCUCUACAGCUCUAUCCAUCUUGUUAUCCUUGCUCUGUCGCUAUGACAGAGAUGCUUUCCUGCACUUUUAAAUUAUUACUCCUAUGUACUCCAGGAGUAUGUUUGUUAGGCAACCUUUUCAUGUUCGAACAACAUUGUUCUUUUGAAACCUAGCCAGCACAGCUGGUGCUGUAUUAAGGACACAUAUGUACAAUGUGUCGUCAGUUUAGAACAGGAAAGAGAAGCACUCUACAGCCUGGAUGCUAUUUAAGGGGAUAUGUAUGCUUGCUAAAGAUUUUGCACCACGCAAAUUAAGUCCAGAGUUUCAUCCCCUCAAUGAUUUUACGAACCUGCUCUUGAAAUGCCAUCUCUUUAUUCUGGAACACCUGGCGAAUUUCGCUCAUUCUAUAU